AUGAAUAAAUCGACUAAAAGUAACUACAAACCGCUGACAUCAACUGGAUGGAUAAAAUCUGGAGCUCUGGAAUCAUCCAGUCAAUCAUCUAGACCGACCAGUUCUGAAAAUCGCGUAUCUCUUACUCGUCAUAAGUCAUCUCCACCUCAAUUAGAAAGUAAACAGAACAGCGCGUGGAUGCUUGACAAGGAUAGCUUCAGUAAGGCGAUGAAAUCAACGAAAACAAAGUUGUUCUCAAAACCAUCAGAAUCUGAUACCAAAGGAAAGAAAGCAAGAACUAAAAGUAAAAUAUACUGGGAUCCUGAAGAAUAUUACAAGAACAAGGAUAAAAAGGAGAAGGCUAAAGUCGAGAAAGAGUUAGCAAGACAAUAUGAAGAAGAUCUCGAAGUUAUGCCAUCACAAUCACAUCAUGAUCAUGAAAUAGACUUGCCAUCAUCACCUUCCUCGUUAGCUAAGGAGUUGACAACGGAUAAAGCAUUAUCGCAACUUGCAAGAAUGCGUAAAGCUGCAGGUUUAUCACCCGUCGACGAAGAAAAGCGAGCGAAGGACAGAAUGACGGCAUUGCGAGAGCGUAGAGUUGAUCUAGAAAUGCGAAAAGCUAUGAUAGCGAAUAAUGACGCAAAUGGUAACUAUAAUGGCCACAUAAAUGAUAAUCUACAAGCGCAUUUAACAACACUAGCCAACUUCAGUAAGCGAUUAAAUGAGGUCACGAUACCAUCACUCAAAAGCAAUAAAAACAUUGAAACCAACAAGCGAAGAAAGUAUACACAAGAUGAUAGUAAUCUCAGGCGACCUACUAGGCUACCCACUAUUGAUGACCUGGAAGCAGAUCAGUAUGAGGAUGAGCUCCUGUUUACGCAGAAUAACAAUAAUGGUGCUUAUAGAACCUUUUCUCAGAUAUUGACUGAGAAGACGCCACAGAAGGAUAAAAGCCAGGAUAAGAUACUCGUCUUGGGUACGCCUUCACCGCUAUCAAAGACCAAAUUACAUCAAACUAAGCUCAAACAGCCCACUCCAGUUAGAUAUUCCCAAAAUGAACCAGUUAGUAAUAUUCCAGUUGGCGCAAUCGGCUUUCCAGAACUUGAACAAGCUUGGGAGGGCACCAGACCUAUUGUUGAAGAAAGCAGUACGUCGAAGAAGCGCAAAAAGGAUAAAGAAAAAGAUAAAAGUCAACAGAGUCUCAUAUCAGGGUGGGUUUCUCAAGUUUCAGGUUUAUCUGAGGAGGUGCCCAAAAGGAAACUCUGGAGCGGACUUGAUAUGGACUCAAGUGAUAGACCAGACGUUUCUUUUGACCUGGAUAGUGAUUAUGAUGAUGAAGACUCGGUCUUGCUUGAUCUUGAAACACCGCAAAGGAAUCGCAUAACUAAAUCACUCCCACUUGACUUUCUGCGUAAUGACAGUCCGUCUUCUGAGCGUGCAGUUGCUACUAUUGUCAGCCCUUCACAUUCACGAUCACAGCAAAGCAGUGGAAACAUCUUACCCACACCUCACUCAAACAUACCCGGUUUGCACCAGUUGAUGCGAAAUAAUUACAAUUAG